GGAAACUAGAUACUCUGUAAAGGAACUGCGCACGCGUAGGUGUACGUUCAACGAUGGCUUCGUGCGCAGGCGUGCAGCCGGCGACCUGACGUUCUCUGCGCCUGCUCAGUGUGGUCCUGGUGGACGGUUUGAAAGAUGGCGGGAGUGACGGUGGAUCUGGUAACGGACGAUGAAGCGGACAACAGGGAUUCGGGUACUUUCAUCAGCGGGGAUUUGCCGGUCGUGUUCCUCUGCUCCCAAUGUCGGCUGCCGGUGGGAGACUCGCUGGCCUGGGUCGGAGCAAACCCGAAGGAGGACAUGAUCUACCUGAGCAGUGUUACUAAAAAUAUUAAAGUAGACAAAGAACAGAAGGUAGACACUGCUGAUGAGUCUGGUUGCAUUUAUGUGUUGUUAUCCUGUAGUGGCUGCUCUCUGUUGCUGGGUAGAAUGUAUCAUUGCACUCCAGUCCACCUUGACUACAAACGGAAUGUAUACUGCUUGUCCGUAGCCUAUAUUGAAAGUUAUGUCCUUGGCUCCACCAUGAAAGCAGAAUUUGUAGAUGAGAAGAAAAAGCCAGUUGUCUUAGAAACUCAAGUUGAAGUUCUUGAAGAAUUGACAAAGUCACAAACUGUGCUGGAUCUAAUGCUCGCAAGACUUGCUGCUGUUGAAGAAAAGAUAGAAUCAUUGCAGAAUAAAGAAUAAUUCUGACAAGUAUGACAUUCAAAAUUUAUAAUAUAGAUGCCUCAUAUUGAAGGUAUGAGCAGACGGCAGAUGUCCACACUCAGAAUUAAUUCAUUACAAGCAAUCUUUGAGGAAGUUGUUUUCUUUCUUCCUGUGUCUGGUUGUAUGCUGACUUUGUUGUCUAAAUUCAAACCUUAGCUCAUGUUUGUCAAAUAUUUUAUAUGUUAUGCAUUGUUCUAACUUCUGAACUUUAAUUUCAAUUCUUAGUCCUAAGCUGUGCAUAAAAGAUAAAAAUUGCAAUUAAUCAAAAUUAUCACUUGUAAGAUACAUCCUGUGUAAAAUUUAACUGUUGAUAUAAUUAUUGUUUCUAAUUAAAGUUUAAAGUGCAGUCUCUAACCAUUUCACCUUGCUCCAUAACUGUCAUCAUGGAAUUGUUUUAAUUAUGGUUCUCUUGUUUUGGAAACGUGUGAUCAUAUUAAUCUGAAAAAUAAAGCUGUAUUGUAUAAUUUUGAUCCA